UCGGUGGUGCACCCGCUAGGGGAUCCCGCGAAUUAGCUUCCUUGUGCCAUACGGGUUUAUACGCCCGUUGACUCGCACACAUGUCAGACUUCCUUUGACACACAAGCUUAAUAACUACUUAAUCUGACUAUGCAAAACUAUGCACCGGCGAAUCCGAAUAACUAUGGACACAAUUAACUACUAAUUUUUCUCGCCCUUUUAACAAAGACGAAGUUCUAUACAAGACUCGAUCUCCUAAUUCCUAAAACCAUUUACUACCAAAAUCACCCACCUAAAAAAUCCUGAACCAUAUCACAAUAUGACAAGCAACAACAUGAACAUAUCAGAAAUACAAAAACUAGAUGAUCAAUAUAACCGAAUUAAAGAGCUUGAAGAAUUUGAUAACACCAAACUCGGAGUAAAGGGACUAGUUGACUCAGGCAUAACUGAGAUCCCACGUAUUUUCCACCACCCACCUCAGACUCUAUUUGAUCAUGAGCCCCAACAACCGCACACAAACGAUAGCCUGAUCAUACCUGUCAUUGACCUUUCAUCUGUGCGCGAGGAGCUGGUAAAGCAGGUGCGAGACGCCGCGGCUAAGUUCGGGUUUUUUCAGGUGAUCAACCAUGGGGUGUCGGUCUCUUUCCUCGAACGUCUGCUUGAUGCUGUCAAGGCAUUUCAUGAGCUUGAGCCACAGGAAAAGAUGCAAAUUUAUCGACGAGAUACAGGUACUUCAGGUACUGGAGUUGGGUUUUACUCCAACUAUGAUUUAUUUCAUUCUAAAGCUGCGAGUUGGAGGGAUACACUAUCAAUUCGGUUAGAUCCUAUCCCUGUUGAUCCCAAAGAAAUUCCUGAAGUUUGCAGAAUUGAGGUAACAGAGUGGGAUAAGGAAGCGAAGCAGCUCGGAGAACAACUAAUGAGCUUGUUGUCUGAAGGGUUGGGACUAAGUUCUGAUAGAAUAUCAGGAAUUUCUUAUUUAGGACGGAGAGCCAUGGUCGGCAACUAUUAUCCAUAUUGUCCUGAGUCUAACAAGACAAUUGGGAUUGCUACACAUACAGAUCCUGGGAUUUUAACCUUGUUGUUGCAGGAUAAAGUGGGUGGCCUGCAAGUUAAGUAUGAUGGCAAGUGGAUUGAUCUGAAACCAGUUUGUGGUGCUCUUGUUGUUAACCUUGGAGACUUAUUUCAGGUAAUAUCCAACGAUACCUACAAGAGUGGAGAACAUCGUGUAUUUGCGAAUCCUUUACAUACACCACGAGUAUCAAUUGCGGUAUUUUUCAGCCCAGGCAUGUAUGAGAAUAUAUAUGGGCCUUUGCCUGAGUUAGUAUCAGCUGAAAGGCCGGCAUUGUACCAGCAACUCAUGUUUUCAGACUUUGUUAAGAGGUUUUUCUCCAAGGAGUUAGAUGGCAAGCCCAUGACGAGCUACUUUCGAUUGUAAAAUUGUGAAAUUUUUUUUAAGGUAGGAUGGAGGGGACUCAUUUGAGUGGGGGUGAAAGAAAAUCCUCAAAUGAAUUCCAUGAGGUUUGAUCCGUAAACCUUAGGAAUAUGAGGUAGAAAGCGAUGUCACUACUUUACCACAUUAACCUCUACAAGAUAAACUUAAAUAAUAAAGUUAAUAAUCCUGAUGGAAAAUACUCUUGUAUAAUUCCAAAUCCAAGCUAUCUCACUAUAGUGAUUGGAAAAUUAUUGCAUCAUCCCUAAUACAAGUAUGUUUUAGGCUUUUUUUUAAAUACUCUGCAGGAGAUUAGUAGUAGUUAGUUCCCUUUCAUUUUCAAGUCACACUCAAUGACUCAAUCCUAACGUCAAACUUUUCUCUUUUCUCUGUUUUCUUCACUACAUCAUUUUCCUUCCUAUUUGUACUCAAUUUUCUUAUCUGUUAGGAAUACACAUUAAAUGAUUUUUCUCAACCACUUCUAUAUGCCAAACUUACCAAAAUCAGGACAUACAAUCAAAAUUAUUGGUCUCCUAUUAGAAAGUGUGGCCAAAAUAAUCUGAGUACGUUUGAGUAGUACUCUAUAUGUUUUUUUUGUCUUUCUCACUUAGAAUCUUGACACUAUUCAUACUUAGAGAAAAUCUUCUCAAUUUUUUUUCAAUUUAUAAGAAAAAAUAUAGUCACGUGGGAUUUGUUUGAUUCGUCUCAAUUAGUACACUUAAUCGUUAAAAUUUUUACUAAUAUAUAAUGAAAGAUAUUUAAGUUCAAAAAAGUGCAUUCAGAGAUGUGCAUUGGGACAAGUGCACAGGAAAGUGAGAAAGACAAAAAAAACACAAAGGGAGUACUUCCUCCGUUCCAUAAUAAGUGAAACAUAGAAAUUGGGGACAAGAUUUAAUAAACAUCACUUUCAAAAGCCAAAAAGUUAUAAAAUACCCUUAUUAUUAUCAAAAGGAGGAGAGAGAAAAGCAAACCACACAAGUUUGGGAUGGGCACUCUUGUCAUUUUGUUAAUUUCUUUUAUCCAUUUAAGGUAUGUUUCACUUAUUUUGAAACGUUCUAAAAUAGUAAGUGUUUCACUUAUUAUGAAACGGAGGAAGUAUUUCUUAAACUAGUAUUUAACAUUCAAAUAUUAUUGUAUAAUAACAAUUUUAUAUUUCACCGAUAUUUUAUACUUCUUCCAUUUCAAAUUACUCGCUACACUUUCAAAGUUUCACUAUUCAUCUAUGAGGUUUGACAAUCCAUUAUUCACUAUUAUAUAAAAUCAAAUGUUAUAAUGUAAUAUGUCGUUGGAUUCAUUUCAAUGUACACUAUAUUUUUUUGCACGCGAUGCGUGCUUGAAUUUUUUUUUCGAAACAAAAACUCGAUUUUCUUUGGCAUAAGAGUCAAAAUUUGAACAUUAAUUAGACAUACAAAGUAUAAUUGUUUUUAGUUGCAAAAUUUGAUUGGUUUAGUUUCUGUCACUUAAGUCUCUCACCAUUCUUUUUGUUUUGUUUUUUUUUUUACUUUUCAAAGUUAAAUUCUAUGAACAAAAUAGAAAUUCUAUUGAAUUUAUUUAUGAUUUCUAAUAUUAUGAGUAAUUUUUUAGUUGAUUUUUGAAUUAAGUACAAUACUUCACAAAAUUAUAAAGAAAGUAGACACUUUGAUUUCAAGUCAAUUUUUUCAUAGGUUGUAGUUUGUAAGUGAAUUUUUAAGUUUUUGUAAAGUUUUCUCAUUUUAGUGAUUUGCAUAACGUAAAUUAUGCAAUUUUAUGAUUUUAGAUGACUUGUGAGUGAUUGUUAUAAUUAUAUUUUUGAUAUUUUUAAUUGAAGCCCCCUUUAAUUUGUAAGUAAAUUUGUAAUUUAGAAUGGGAAGGGGUAACAUAGUCUCUUCAUUCGGGGACAUCAUAGCUCCUCCCUUCCCUUAUAUAAUAGAGAUAUGUUGACUUGAAUUCUUGCAUGAUAUUUUACAUAAACCUUUUUACCUUGAUAAUUAAUCGUUAUUAUAUAAUAGAAAAAAAUAGGUCCAAAUAUAUGUAAAAGUUUCAUUAUAUAUAGAAAACACUAUAAAAAAGUAAAUAAUUUUUUCCUUGUCUAACUUCUAAAUUCUGAUUUCACUACAAAUACACCUCUAUUUUUUUAUCAUGACCCACCAUUAAUUGUGAAUGGUUCUUGAGAAUAGUGAUUUGUAAGUAAAUUUUUGUAAAUGUUUUUUGUAACUAUUGACGUUCUAGGUUAUUAGCUAGUUCUAGUUUGUAUGUUAAUUUUAAAUUUUAAUAAAGUUUCCUGAUUAUUUGAGUGAUUUGCGUGAUUUUUAUAAUGUGAUUUUCUCAAUUGUAUGGGUGAUUUGUAAAGUUUCUUCUUUUAAGUGAUUUGUGAGUGAGUGUUGUAAAUUUAUUUUCGGUAGUUUUCUUUGAGUGUCGAUUUUGAUUUUGACAUUCUUUUUGUAAUUUAGAAAGGGAAGGGGGGCAAAAUAGGCGUUUCAAAAUAGGACACCGUUGCUCCCCCCUUCCCUUAUAUAAUAGAGAUUUUCAUAAAAUCACUUUUUUAUACUUUACGAUUGAAUAAGUUCAUUCAUUUUAUACUUUACUCUAAUACAAGGAUAGGAGUUAGCUCAAGUGGGUAGAGCGCUCCCCCUUGGCCCCCUGAAGUCAGGGGGUUCGAUCCUUACUCCCAGCAUUAUUCUGGGGUAUUUCCUUUGCAUGAUGUGCAUCCCUUACCAGCCAAUAUGCUGGUGUUUCCUACAGGCUAGUAGCCUUGUAGGGGUUAGUCCUUGGGCUGACUUAAUUUCCUAAUCAAAAAAAAAAUAAUACUUUACUCUAAUACACAAUUAAAAAUAUUAACAGUCAAAAUAGUACAUCGAUAAACGUAAAAUUCAAAGUGUAACGAGUAAAAAGAAACGGAAGAAGUAACUACUAUUGCUUUUUAUGCAACUUUUUGACACUAGUACCAUUCAUACAACCUUACUAGAUAAUGUGUGAAUAUAAAAUCACAAAAAAAGUUUUCUUAAAAAAUAAUGAACUUAUUUAGGGAGCAUUUGGUUCACAUGAUUCUGGUAUCAGGUAUGGGUUUAGAAUGAGCAAAACCUAUACCUUGUGUUUGUUUUAUUAUUUAAUAGAUUUAAAAUCCAUAACUCAAACCCAUAAUGUAUGGGGUUUAGAAAUCCAAGGGGGAUGUGGGUUUGGCUCAUACCAAUACCUCUUGGUAUUAAAUAGAAGGAAAAAUUUCAUUCCCAAAUAAAAACCAAACACAUGAUACUAGGUAUGAAAUUCCAAACGUAUACCACCUUGAUUUCAUUCCUCAUUCCAAACUCAUACCACUAUGUGAACCAAACGCCCUUAAAAGUAGGGAUUAGGGAAUUGAAAAACUGUCAAGUUCUAUCCAAAAGCAUCAAUGAUGACUAGAUGAGAUGACAUCAAACAUUAUCUUCAAACAAAAAACACAAAUAUACAAGUGUUUUACAAAUCAAAGAUCCACCCUCUACCAUCUUGAGUUUGAGAUUUUACAAAGAUGGAGAAACCCCCAAUAAUAAUAGCAAUGAAAGGGCAUCCAGGCACAGGGAAGAGCACCAUCGCCUCCGUCGUAGCCGCCGCCCUCCGCUGCCCACUCCUUGACAAAGACGACAUUCGCGACGCCACACUUUCUCUCUCCUCCACCGCCUCAACCACCCCCUCCACCACCACCACCACCACCACUGCCUCCACCACAACCACCACCGCCGCCGCAUCCCCCGCCGCCGCCGCCGCAUCCCCCGCCGCCGCCACCGCCUCCACCGCCGAACUCAACCAGCUGUCCUACGACGCAGUGUGGCGCGUGGCCGCCACGCAGAUUCGCCUCGGCCUCUCCGUUGUCGUGGACUCCCCUCUUUCCCACCGUCGCCACCUUGACACCGCCCUCCGUAUUGCCGGAGGAUCCCACCGUGUUGUGAUCAUUGAGUGUCGACCGUCCGAUGAAGGGGAGUGGCGCCGCCGUCUGGAGGUGCGAGGAGCGGAGGAUGGUGGUGUGGGGCAUAGACCAGCCACGUGGGAGGAUAUGGAGAGGUUGUUAGAAGUUUAUGAUGGAUGUACGGAGUAUGAUGUUGGUGAGGUUCCUAAGUUGGUUGUUGAUACUACUGCUCCGGGUGGUGUUGAAGGAGUUUUAUCCAAUGUUUUCGAGUUUAUUGAAGCUCAUCGUCGUCAUCCUCAAUCCUGAUUCUUGAUCAGUUAACUGGUUGUUCUUUUUUUAGGUUUCUAUCGUAUCAAUGUCGAAGAGUAGAAAUAUUGAUUGCAUUAUAUGUAUAAUGUAUGUAAAUAAAAAUAUUAUCAUGAUUCAUGUACCAUGUUUGUUACAUGUGUGUAAACAUAAAUCAGUUUUAAUAUCUAAUUUCUAUCAGUGAAUAAUGUGUUAAAGUUAGUGAAUGA